AUGUAUGUACGACGAUGGAUCGAUGUGGCGAUAGUGGCAAACUCAAAAGACUUAUCCGAAUACAUGUGUGAAAAUGGAAUGCCACCCACAUUCGUACCGCACAAGCCAGUUACAGGCGUCAUUGGAGCAUCCUUUAGUGUGGUUUCUAUCAUGGUGGCGAAUAUCUUACGUUUAUUUAAGAUUCCUCAAAUUAGCUAUGCCUCUACCAGCACAGAAUUGUCAGAUAAAUCACGUUUUGAGUACUUUAGUCGCGUAGUACCACCCGACAAUUUUCAAGCCCAAGCCAUGGUGGAAAUACUAAAAACCCUAGGGUGGGGUUACGUCAGUACGGUAGCAGUUGAAGGUGAUUAUGGUGAGAAGGGAAUCGCUUCGUUCAUCUCUAUCGCCCACGACUUAGGAAUAUGUGUAGCUGUCUCCGAGAAAGUUUCACGUCAUUCCAAACCGAACGAUUUUGAUCGCAUCAUCGAACGUUUAUCACAAAAACCACAAGCACGUGCCGUUGUUAUGUUUGUCGACGAGGAUAAUACCAGAAAACUUUUACUGGCAAGCAUUCGUGCGAAUAAAACGGGUCACUUUUACUGGGUGGGCAGUGAUUCAUGGGGAGCAAAAGUACAUCCCGUAAGGGAUCACGAAUAUGCAGCUGUCAACGCAAUUACCGUUUUACCACAUCGAACAUCUUUAGUUGGAUUUGAUGAGUACUAUGCAAGAUUGAAACCAACACUUGACCGUAAACUAUGUACCGAAUUUGGUGUCAAUAUUCCGUAUGGUGAUUCAAAUAAAUUUCGAUUGAAUUGCCGCAACAUUUGGUUUAAUGAAUAUUGGAGUCAACAUCAUCGAUGCAGUUUAAAUCGAAAUGACGAAAAUGCGUGCACCGGAAACGAGACAAUGGGACCGUACGAACAAGAGGGUUUGGUGCCAUUUGUUG